GACCCGGCUAUUUGGGCUGAUAGGGGACACCCGGAAGUGACCGAAGCGGCCAAACAAUCACUUUAUCUGAGAUACCAAUUACUUCCCUAUUUAUAUACCCUGUUCUUCAAAGCACACGUAUUGGGUAACACUGUUGUCAGACCUCUGUUUCACGAAUACCCGACUGAUCCGCAAACACAUAGUAUCGACGAACAGUUUAUGUGGGGAUCAGUUGUACUCUUUUCUCCCUUCCUUUUCGAAAACCAAAAGGAAGUGAAUGCAUACCUUCCCAAUGAUGUCUGGUAUGAACCGACCGAUGAAUUUGUGAAACUCUAUCCAAAGACCGGAUUCGUUAAGAUUGCAGAUAAUAAUAGACAGAUUCCUCCCAUACAUUCCUCCCAUACAUCUGAGGGGUGGAAAUAUUCUGCCCAUUGGUUACAACAAAGCAGUCAAUACACAGGUAUUGAGAGACAAACCAAUUAAUCUGGAGGUCUAUCCCAAAGACAAGAAGGCGACGGGAGAUCUGUUUUGGGACGACGGAGACUCUCUCAACACUAUUGAGACAAAACAAUAUAAUUUCUAUGAAUUUGAAUUGUUUGCUAACUGUUCACUACAAUUAAGAGUCAAAACUAAAGGCUAUAAUUCAAGUAAACCUCAUUUGAUUGAAAAAGUAUUAAUAGCCAACACUUUGAACGUCAAAAUCAAUGCAUUACUCGAUGGAAAAGCAAUUGAAAAUGUUGUGGUAAAAGAGGAUUACAUUAUAUUUCCAGUGAAUAUCGAUUUGAAUGCUGCAAAAGUGGGUCAGAUAUGGAAGAUUGAGUGGAAAACUGUUGACAAC